UUUACACGAGAAGCAACAGUUGGAUGGAAUCAACAGGCGGGAACGCGCGGAACGACUUUCCCGCGUAUAUUCAAAAAAAGAAACAGUUGUUUAUAUUUUUUGUUUAAAAAAUAAUGAACUGUCAAAGUAAAGCUAACAAGUUCGUUUGUCCUAACGACCGGCAGCUUUCAUUACGAGCCAAACUCCGGACGGGGUGGAGCGCCGCACGCAGCGAGCCCCCGCUGACGCUGGGCGAGCGGGAGGCCAUCGCCGCGGUUGUCAAGCGAGCAGAGAAGCUGGACGAGGUCGAGGCCAGGCGAGUUGGCCGCUUAGUCGCCAGGCUGGAAGGAAUGCGAAGAUCGGCACAAGGGCCUGCGCCGAGGUCGUGUUUGGUAUGCGGUGAGACAGCGCGGCUUUUAGCCCCUUUAAGGACCUGCGCCAUAUGCAAUCAAUCCGCUUGUCCCAAAUGUGUCAUAGAAACUCCACCACAUAGAUCUCCCAUUCGUUCCAGGGAGCAGUAUAUGUGCAACCUUUGUGCGGAAACCAGAGAAAUGUGGAAGAAGUCGGGAGCGUGGUUUUUCAAGUCACUGCCAAAGUAUAUACUGCCAGAAAGGAGAGCUACUGGGCGGUACAAUGAUUUGGAACUCGCGAGAUCGCUACAGGACGGUGGAAACAGCAGCAAUGAUGGCAAGACAGAUUCGGAGCCGGGCUCACCAUUAAGCAUCCAUGCGCCCUCCUUCUCCAGACAGGCCAGCAGUAAUGACAAUAGAAAAUCCAUAGGAUCACCACAUGACACUCAUUAUGACUGGAACGAGACGGACAUCCUAUCUCAUGGAGUUAGCGGUCUUAGUUUGCAUCGUACAGACAGCCUAAACCAACGGCCAUUAGCGGCUCUAAAACGAACCAGCAGUAAAGGGAGUGCAUACAGCCUUCGGAGUGCUAGAAAGGAACUUACUAAACCACCUACCCAGAUUGAAAGACCCACUACAAUACCUGAUGCAGGAUUUGGCACUUUGGAAAUUAAGUUAGCGUAUGACAACGCGACGUCUUCUCUUGCUGUGACCGUUUUGAGGGCGAGAGGACUGAUUGGCAUGGACAUGACAGGACUUUCGGAUCCGUUCUGCAGAUUAGAAGUUUUGCCCAGAGAAGGCACCUAUUCGAACAGAUUGCGAACUAAGACCGUACACAAAACAAAAAACCCUGAAUACAACGAAACGCUGCAUUUCUUCGGCAUCACUGAGUCUGACCUCUCUACUAAGUCACUGGAAAUAGUCUUAUUUGAUGACGACAGAUAUGGAUGCGAUGAGAUGGGUUCAGCGACAGUAGCCCUCCGGGAGUGUGCCAAAGCUCCCACGCAAUUACGCCUGGCACUAUCAGGGACGACCGGCACUGAACCUGCAGGUCCUAGGAUCCUGCUAGCACUAUGUUAUAGCACCAAGAGGGCAUUGGUAGUCACUCUGUGCAGAGCUGCUGACUUGCCUCCUCAAGACAGCAACGGCUAUUCAGAUCCCUUUGUUAAAUUACACUUAGAUCCGGAUCCCUACCACAAGAAGCAUAAAACAUCUAUCAAAUGGCGUAACUUGAAUCCAGUAUGGAACGAAGAGUUCCUCUUUGAAACACGUCCAACCGAGCUUUCCCGCCAAAAUCUGACAUUAACAGUCUGGGACAAAGACUACGGGAAACCCAACGAUUUCCUCGGCAGUUUGAUUUUAGGAUUUAGUAGUAAGGGCAGAAGGCUAAAGCAUUGGAUGGACUGUAUAAAAUUCCCUGAUCAUCGUCAUGAACAAUGGCAUUCUUUGACUGACACACAACAUCUAUAAAAACCUUAAUGAGAAUCUGACAAAAUUCACAAUCCGCACCGCAUAGCUGAUGAAUGAAAUAACCAAAAUGUGAUAGAUUAAUAUGAUAUCACCUAAUUUGCUACUAUAUAUGUCUUUUUAUUAAUUUUGUAUAAUAUAAAAACAUCUCCCAAAGAUAUCUGUACGAAUUGCUGUAUUGUAAUCGAUACUUCGAAAUGUCUUUUUAGCGACAUGGAGUCCAUUUUUAUCUUUACCGUGAACGAUAAUAUUAUAUACAUAAAAACUUAAAUAAGGUCAUAAAAAAAAAUAUUUGCUCAGUACUCAUUGUUAAGUGUGUUCCUUCACGCUGAUAUCCAAAAUCGUUCAAUUGAAUUUAAUGUAAUUCUAUGAAUAUGUAUUGUUUACGAUAGUUUUUAUCCUGAUAACAUCUAAAUGGAACCGGUAGAUGGCGGCAGAAGGUAAAAAAAUGUUUACUGGGUCAGUUAACAUAUUAUAAAAAAAAAAUGAGAAUAAGAGUUUCGGAAUGAAAAUGGUGCUAGUUUUAAGAUGUUCACUUAUCCGAUAAUAUUUAUUAGUAUUGUAUCUAAAUGUUACAUCUUCGAUUUGACCUUUGUAAUUAUUUAUUCAAACAUUACAUUUUAGUAUAUAUCACUCUACAUCUACCUGUUACUAAUCCAACCUUUAUAAUCAUUUAUACAAACAUUGAAAUUUACUACCAGCCUGCUACUGAUAGAAUAUCUCAAUAUUAGUUUAUCCUUUUUUUUUAUUUUAUUUUCUUUGUGUUGGAAAUUGUGUAUAAGUUUAUUGAUACUUUGUCACAUUUUCGUAGUUGACAAUUCCAAAGGUUUUUGAACCAAUUAAACGUAACAAUACAACGCCUAUUCAUAAAUGCUUUAAGCACUUAAGUUUUGUAAUUUUAUAAGCUCUUUAUAUACUUAUUAUUUUAUUUAUAUUAUUUGACGUAAGUUUUUUACUAAUAAGUAACGCAGAUACUGUUAAUAAAAAAUAGUCUGUUAAGAACAAAUGCCAACCAAAAUUUAAUAAACUUUUUUAAAUUUAAUAUAUACAAGGUAUAUUAUUAAAGUAUACUUAAUGUAGGCAUAUUAUAUUGAUAGGUUUAUUAAGUUGAUGUUGUAAUGUUGUUAUAAUGUAUUUAUAUUUAUAUAUUAAUUUAAAUAGAAAAUUGUAGAAUAUCUACUUAUGAAAGGAACAAUAUAAAAGUAUUAUGAAUGUUACCUAUAUAAAUUAUUUUUAUAAAUAAUUUAAUGGGUGUUUGAAAAUGUGCCAAAUUUUAAAAUUUUGAUAUUGUAAUGUAUGUACCAUGUUGUAAAAUAAUGAAGAGAAAUGCCUUUGCAAUUGAAGGAUCCUAUUACACUAGAAAUAAAUAUUUUUAAAAUGAAA